AGUUUCCCCGAGCACCACAGUCGAUAUACGUACCGACAACAUGCCAAUCUUCUGUAUAGCAACAGCAGUGCUGCUUGUAUGCUCAGGCGCAACUGCCAGAGAGGUGGGACCUGAACAACGGCAAGUGACAUUGCCACAUUCGGAGGCCCCUGACAUCACUUACGGUAACGAUUGGCCUGAGUUUGCUGAGGCUAUCAAUCAGUUAGUUUAUGCUAAUGCGGUAGGUAAUCCAGCACUUGAGUUGGAUUAUGGACCACAAGACAAGUGGCUGGCAAAGAAUCAAUACAGAGAUCACUACACAGACGCCGUGCGUACUCGAGCAGUGAGGGCCUUGGAAAUACCCCAUAAACUACUGGGAGAAGAGAUCGUAACACAAAGUGACGGCGAACAACUUUGGCUGCCAAUAUAUGAGCUACCGGGUAGUGAAGGCAAUGUCACGCUCAAGCCGGGUCAAUAUAUUUUAGAGAAUGGAACCGUGUUGUCUGACGGUACGAGUUUGGCAGACUACUACAGAGAAAAUGGGGAGAUGGGUAGCCAGGGAUCUGACGAAUCGUUGCUUGAAGGCCGUUUGUGGAUUAACGAAGAGAGAACCAUUUGGAAUGAUGCUUUGCUAACCACUGGAGGACGAUCUUGCGGAUGUGUAGGUGAACAAGUCUGGCUGAAAGUAUCAUGUGUAGUCGACCUCGAGACUGCAAUUACGAACAGCGCCGCAGGUGAUGUAAUCUUCAUAUCGGGCAAAAAAUCAAUAACAAAUCCGGUCUAUUUCAGCCAUGAUCUCGCUAUAAUCGGGGAAGAAUGUGGCACUCUCGGCAAGCCAAGGAUUCUGAUGAACUUUGAUUCUCGCUACAAAGCCGGACUUAUGCUGAACAAUCGAGAAACACAAACUUUGCAUGUGAACAACGUCGAUUUCCUGGCGGGACGAGCGGCUAACGGCGUGGAUGGCCAGCAUUUCAACUCUGCCAUACAAGCUCAGGAUUUCUAUGCUUGGAUCUCGCUACAGCUCAAGAACACGUCCUUUCAGAACUUUUUUUCGCGCCACCGUGGGUCAGCAAUUUUUGUCUGGACUACCGGAAACGUCACCAUCGACGACGACUGCCGAUUCGUUAAUAACAUGGUGGGCGAUAGGCGUGAGGUGUUUGGAGGCGGUGCUUUCUCCAUGGGUUACGUCAGCGCCAACUCGCACGUCUACAUUGGGGGGCUCUGGGAUCGUAAUGCGGUCGUGUACCCCUUUCCCUUUGGCUCCGAACACGGGGAAGGGGGUGCACUGUUCGCGGACUGGAUUGACGGACAUGUGUACAUCAACGGCACUUUCCACGACAAUCUGGCUGCUGAUGGUGGAGCUAUCCACUUCAAAAUGGUCGCCAAUGGGUCUCUAGUGCUCGAUGGGGAAUACUCUGGCAACCUCGCACUCGACACGGGAGCCGGUGGACGAGGCGCUGUAAUCCGUAUCGUAGAGUUAAAGUCUGAUUUAGAGCUUAGGGGUAAUUUCUCUAACAACAUCGCCGAUACAGGCCGAGGAGGGGUUGUAGCGGUCAAUAAUAUGCCGAAAUGGAGCAAGAUCUUCCUAUCCGGAACUUUCCACAACAACCGAUGUGGCGACCGUGGAGGUGUUGUGUCGUGUACGAAGAUAUUUGAGGGCCGUUUGGACCUAGUUAAGGGUGCCUUUUUUGACGGCAACGAAGCUCGAGAUGACGACAGAACUGAUAUAUAUCAUAUCUUGAACCCUCAGGCACAGCGUCUGGAUGAGGGAAAACUAGCCUCUAACCCGGUUAAGGAGACAGUGAAGGUGUUCCCGAAAACCCCAACUAAACGACGCUCGGUGAUGGUGCAGGCACCUCUCGGACAAAGUAGAAUAAGUGCAUGAGUGCAGACAAUCUACCCAAAACUUAGUUGUACUGAAGCUCGGGUAGGGGUGUUAGAAUUGUAGGUCGCUGAAAGCUGUGACUAUAGAUUUUAAACUUCAAGGAGGGGUAUGUAAUUGUCAUUGUACGAUAACGUCGAGAAUAAAAUGUGCAUAAUGCGAUA